CUAUAUCUCCUGACUUUUAUCUACCUUCAGAAUGAGGUCACGAACCCUCGUUCCCUUCACAUUCGAGCUUCUCCCACCCGGCUCCGUACAGCCUCGAGGGUGGAUCCGUGACCAAUUGAAACUCUGCGCUGCUGGACUGGGCGGCAACCUCUACAACUUCCAUCGGUUCGUAAAAGACACCAGCUGGCUUGGUGGUGACGUUGAAUACAGCCCCUUGCGCGAAUCUGCUCCCUACUGGUACAAUUAUAUCGUACCACUUGCCUAUGUACUCGACGACGACGAAUUGAAGGAACAAGCCAAUGCAUUUCUCGACCGGACUCUCAAGAACCAGCAUGCAGAUGGAUGGAUUGGGCCGGAACAUACAAAGCAUAGCCGGGGGAUAUGGGCUCGAUGUCUUGUCAUGAUGGGCAUGGUGAAUCAUGCCCUUGCCGAUCCGUCUCAGUACGAUCGCAUUGUGGAUUCGCUGCUCCGUUUUACCAGACUUGUUCAUUCUAUGUUGAAGGACAACUUCCAAGGACUUAUACCUCAUCCUGGAGAUGAGUUUGAUGAGUUUUGUAUUACGCGCGCGCAUGAGUUAUCCACGUCCUUGCAAUGGUUAUAUGAGCAGGUGAGCAAUAAGCGGGACAAGGAAUUGAUUUGGGAAACAAUGGACCUUGCCUGGGAAGCUACUCGUGUUGGAGAUCGGGAUUGGUCCAAAUUCUUUAUCGAGGAGCAAUUCCCCAAGAAGCCUGCGGCUCCUGGGUCCACACUCAUCAAACAUGUGGUAAACGUUUCAGAGGCGCUACGUUAUAUGCCGCAGCUUUAUCGCAUGAAUCAUGACCAUGAAUUAAUUACAAAAACCCGUCAAUCCGUCGAUAUGGUGUUCAAAUAUCACGGCACAACAUUCGGAGCACUUUCAGGCGAUGAAUUCUUGGCUGGCCUUCAUCCCAAACGUGGUGCAGAGCUCUGUGGAACAGCAGAAUUGAUCUUCUCUCUUUCGUAUAUGUAUCGACUGUUUGGUGAUAAUAGCUAUGCCGACAGAGCCGAACUUGCCACGUUCAAUGGGUUGCCAGCCGGUAUGACACCGGACUGGUGGGCUCAUAACUACCUGACCCAGAGCAAUGAAACCUGGGCAAGAAACCUCGACAACUGGCCAUUCUACAACUGUGGCGGGCGUGCCUUGGUGUAUGGGUUGGAAGUGAAUUACCCAUGCUGCUUGGUCAAUCAUUCUCAGGCUAUGCCGAAAUUUGCAAUGAACGCUUUUGUUGCCAGCUCGGAUCUGAGGUCCAUUUCACAUCAAUUUCUCGUGCCGGCAGAGGUCACGAUUCCUGUCAAAGGCGACAAACCUAUACAUAUUGUCAGCGAGACACAUUACCCGUUCGACGAGAAAAUCACCUACAAGAUUGAAACUAGUCGACCUUUCAACUUUUAUAUUCGGGUUCCUGAAUGGGCCACUAAAGGCACCACCGUGAACAGAAGUUUAGAUACUGAUGAAGUCAAGGAAGAGACAGUAGAAGUGGAUGCAAGCAGCCUUUAUAAGAUUGCAAUCGCACCCGGCAAGACCGCUUUUAGGAUCACACUGAACGCUGAAGUACGUGUUGUGCCACGACCGAACAAUGCAGUUGCCAUAUAUCGAGGCGCACUAUUGUACGCCAUGGAAAUUCCGCACAAGGCCAAAGUUGGUCCCCCGACACAUUUUGCGGAAUGGAAACCAUUACCAGACGCCAAUUACUCUUCAAAACUCCGUGAUGUAGAAUAUAUUCCAGCAGGUGAUUGGCAAGUGGCCAUUGAUCCAUCCCAAAUGCACUUUCACCGAUCAGAAGUCAAAGGAGACCUGCCAAACCCCAUCUUUGAAUCCGGUGCACCUCCAGUUUCCAUUACUGUGGCUGGAACAAAGAUCUCGAAUUGGAAGUUGGAGGGUGACUGCGCAGGACUUCCUCCGGCCGAUCCAUCAGCGACUGGGAAACCUUUUGCGGUGAAAUUGGUUCCUUUUGCGAGUGCGAAAUUGCAUAUUUCGGAGUUUCCGGUUGUUAAUUUGAGAAAGGUUGAGCUUGAGAGUCAGCGAUCUGGUCAUUGUAUAUUGAUGUGAUUGGUAAUAUCGCCUUCAGGGCUGAAUCUCUAUCGAUUUAGCUGAUUCGUCAUUUCAGAAUAUUGGAUGUGACGGAUAUCUAUCGUUGGUUAGCUUAGCUACGUGAUCGAUUUUGUGUAUAUUUUUUUUUCCGGGGAUUCCUGCUCACUGAGCACUUGCUGAGU